AUGGACUCAACAGGCGUCCUCGGCAGCCUCACGGCCGACCAAGAGGCUCGUCUCCAGCAACUAUGGAUGUUUCUACUGAACGCCUUUGAGAGUCAGGAAUUCUUCGACGGCAAUUUCUCCAUGUCCAGCAUUUCGCGGCGCUCGCUGAGUAUCGAUGAACCCCCACUAUCCCCGUCCAGCAUCAACACUACAUUUUCCAGCGGGCGUCGCAGCAUGUCAUUGUCGAGCAGUCACAACGUCAACCACAGCAGUAACGUCAACAAUUUCAGCAACCCAUUCAUGAACACAACAGUCCCGAAUACUCCCAUCUCACCAGCAUUUUCACCAACCUCACCAACAAUAACCGCCGACCUAAACGUCCCCAAGCCCCAACAUCAAGGAUCCCUCAAACGCCUGCGCCGCCGCACAUCGCUCCUCAGCAACAACGGCGGCGCGAAAACCAGCAUCAACGAGAAAUUCCCCACCGAACCCUCAACGCCCAACACAUUACGCAGAGCCUCAACCCGCAAGGGCUCACUCACAUUCCAAACCCAGUCCAUGGGCGGGGUGAAUCUACGCCCCAGCCCUCAAAACGCCAAAGUCAUGCAGCGCGUUCUGGCAAGCUACAAACUCUCGCCCGAUGAACUGCGGUUGGGACUGUUGGCGUCGCUGAAACAGGAUCAUCCGGAUGCAAUGCUUCUCCGGUUUCUGCGCGCACGGAAAUGGGACGUGGGAAAGGCAUUUGUCAUGCUCGUUGCGGCGGUGGCGUGGCGCACGAAGAAGAUGCAUGUUGACGACGACAUAUUGCCGCGCGGCGAACUGUAUGCAUUGCGACAAAUGCGCAGCGCCGACAAGAAGGAAAAAAGAAAAGGAUGGGAUUUUAUGAAACAGUAUCAUAUGGGCAAGAAUAUAAUCCAUGGUGUGGAUCGGGCGGGCAGGCCGAUUAUUGAUAUUAGGGUUCGGUUGCAUCGCGCGGAGGAUCAGUCGGUAGAGAUGUUGGAGAGGUAUAUCGUGCAUACGAUUGAGAGUGCAAAGAUGUUGUUGAGGCCGCCUUUGGUUGAGACUGCCAUACUUAUAUUCGAUAUGACGGACUUUUCCAUGGCGAAUAUGGAUUAUACGCCGGUCAAGUAUAUCAUCAAAUGCAUGGAGAACUUUUACCCGGAAUGUCUGGCGGCAAUUAUCCUGCAUAAAGCGCCGUGGUUUUUUUCAGGGAUAUGGAAAAUGAUCAAAACCUGGAUGAACGACUCCCUCGUCUCAAAAGUGCACUUCACAAAGACCCUCGACGAUCUUGAGCGCUUCAUACCCAGAUCCAAUAUCCCGCCUGAUCUGGGCGGUACAGACGAUACGUAUCAAUACCACUAUAUUGAGCCGGACAUGAACGACCGAGCCGAGAACCUGUCGCUAGACGUCCACUCUCCCACACGCGAGUUUCUGGCUUCUCAGCGUCAACGGAUAGGUGAGGAUUUCCUCGAGGCGACUCGCUUAUGGCUGCAGACCAUCGCGAUGCGUGACGGAAUCGGGUUGGCGGUUCAAGAAGAUCGGCGCGCACAACUCAUCGAGGAACUCAGGCUAAACUUCUGGAAACUCGACCCCUUUAUCCGUGCGCGAUGCCAGUUGGAUCGCGAGGGAAUCAUUGUGAGUGAUGGUAUUGGCACGAUUGAUUUUUAUCCGCAUCUCAGGGCCGCGGAGAGGAGGGGGACGGAUGUUUCGAUGGAACACGGGGAGGCGGUUACAUCUCCUUCACCAUUGCCGACUGCGGAUUCGAAACUCAAUAGUAGGAACUCGAAUGGAGGCGUUGGGCUGGGUUUAUUGUCGCCAUCAUCGUCGACGUUGGGCGAAGAUGUCGAGAAAGAUGUCGAGGUAGCAGAGAAUGAGGAGAUCAAAACGAGGCCGAAAACACCGUAUCUCAACUUCCUGGAUGAUGCGAGCAUCAGCACCAAUGGGCAUGAUGACCACGACGAGGAAUCGAGCACAGCCCGCGACGAGAUAAUGCAGGAAUACAUGGACGACAAUUACGAAGACUACGACCACCACCCUCACUCUCAUCUAUCUCAUCAGACUGGAAGCUACAAGCAAGAACCAGAAUACCCACCCCAACCCGACCACCACCCACCAUCUCUGCCCAUAAGUAAUCACCUCUCCGUUGCACACAAAGAGAGCGACAUCCACAGCGAAGUCAGCUUCGAUCUAGACGACCUCGACGAAGAAGACGAAGAAGAAAUCGAGAUUCACGACGCGGUUACGCAGCGGAUUCCGUAUCCGAGAGGAGGCGGGAUUGUCGAGAGGGCUGCUGUUCGGGUUGUUAACGUUCGAUGA